CGACUCAAUGACAGGUUGCUCAUCUAUUCAUAAUUGGUAUUGAAUAUAGUGACUGUCGAGCGCGUUUGUUGAAGUGGUACGUCACAGUCAUCGGCAGUGUGUUAGUAUGCUGAUUAAAGUGAAAACGUUAACUGGCAAAGAAAUUGAAAUCGAUAUUGAACAAACUGACAAAGUUGAACGAAUCAAAGAAAGAAUUGAAGAAAAAGAAGGCAUACCACCACAACAACAACGAUUGAUUUUUUCCGGUAAACAAAUGAAUGAUGAGAAACUUGUCCAGGAAUACAAAAUGCAAGGUGGUUCAGUAAUACAUUUAGUACUUUCGUUGCGUGGAGGUCUAUGAUUUGUAUUUCUGUUCAUUAAUGGAACCAGAUGAAAUCACAUGCUUUUGUAUUAUAUUACAAAUAUGAAGGGGACGAGGCUUUUUGAGUUCUCGUUCCAUAUCUUUUCCAUUGUUUCUGUCGUGACUUAUUCCCUUCAUAAUUAUUUUAGGUGAUAUCUGAUCUUCGCCUAUGUAUAUGUUUUAAAUUACAUUAUCAAAUACAAUCUCCCACGUUGUA